GAGAAAGCAGAAAGCAAAAUUAGCAAGCAAAAUUGAAAUUGUGUUUCUUGAAGUAAAACCCCAAAAAAAAGGAAAGAAAAAAUUAACAUAUUAAAUCAUAUAAAUUACAUUCAAAUUGAUUUUGAGCCAUUAUCACAGUGCGAGACACUUGGUGCAACAACAACGACAACACGCUGGAUUAAAGUGUUUUUGUUGAUCAAAAAGCAAAUCAAUCAAAUUAACAAAAAUUGAUUGAAAAGUGCGUGCAUGUGCAGUGCAUUAAAUAAUAAUAAUAAUUAUCGCAAACCAAAAACUUUUGCAAACCUCGCAACUAACCCGUAACCGGUACGACCGUGUAAAAACCGCCAAAAUUCUUCUCAAAGAGCGUAAAUCGAUUAUCUCCAAAAUGAAAUCCCUGACGGCUGUUUGUCAAACAGGUGCCUCCAUGCCGGCCAUCAAUCCCAGCGGACGCAUCGCCCGCCAUCCACCGCAUCGCGGCGACGGCGAGAAUGCCGAAAUGAAAAUGUAUUUAUCCAAAUUGAAGGAUCUGGUGCCGUUCAUGCCCAAGAAUCGAAAAUUAUCAAAACUGGAAAUCAUACAGCAUGUCAUCGACUAUAUCUGCGAUUUGCAAACGGAGCUGGAAACCCAUCCCGAGAUCAAUAAUUUCGAUGCUGCGGCCGUGCUCAGCAACGUCGUUCAUCACAAUGACGACGACGAAGACGAUGAUGAGCAUCAUGCCGAGGAUGAUGAUGAAAUGGACACAGCUGUCAAUACUGCAGAUAUCUUGGCUCUGCGUUUGGCCGCCGAACAGCAACAACAACAGCAGCAGCAGCAGCAACUAUCAAAAAGUUCUAGUCCCGCCGCUCGCCUGCCUCUGACAGAUCGCCAGAGCCCCAACACAAUCCUACCGGCUUCGACGACAGCCUCUCUGCCACAGCAACAGCAGCAAAUCAUCGUGCAACAUCAUCAUCAUCACCAAUCUCAGCAGCAGCAGCAGUCCAGCUUAUCAACAACGCAAAUGAAUGCGGAGAAAGACAGCAGGCAGUCGUAAAGCAGCAGCUUCGCGCAUUAAUAGCUGAGGGAAUAGCUACUAAAAACUUAAAAAGAAAAACUAUAUUUACGCAUACUAAUAAUUAUAAACAAGAAACGUGUAGUACGCAGUCAAAACUCCACUCAACUCGUGUGAAGAUCUCCACAAAGUUAAAAGUUAAUAUAAAAAAAAAAACAACAACAAUAGUAACUACAACCAUUAUUUAAAUAGGAAAGCACUCAAAACUAGUUGAAAAGCAUUUCACAACACAUUUGAAAAA